AUGGACAUAGUUGGUCCCUUGCAUCCUAGCAACGGCUUUACAUAUUGUCUAACAAUUAUAGAUCAGUUUUCCCGCUGGCCAGAAGCAAUUCCAAUCUUGGACAUUACUGCCAAAACAGUAGCCAAGGCAUUUUACGAUAAUUGGGUCGCUCGUUUCGGUGCACCUCGUAUUCUCACGACCGAUCAAGGUCAACAGUUUGAAGCGCAACUCUUCUCAGCCCUUCUCAAACUGAUCGGAUGCAAACGCAUUCGCACUACGGCUUAUCACCCUGCCGCUAAUGGCAUGAUCGAGCGUUGGCACCGCACCUUCAAGGCGGCGAUUAUGUGCCAUAACACGCCGAGCUGGGUGGAUGUCCUCCCUACAGUCUUACUCGGGUUACGCACUCAUGUGCGUAUGGACACAAAAGCCUCUCCGGCCGAAUUUCUGUACGGCACGGUAUUGCGGAUUCCGGGAGAAUUUUUCCUCCAGGAGGAUUUUACGCCGGAUCCCCAAAUUUUUGUAGACGAUUUUAGACAGCACAUGCGACAGGUGAAGCCAGACGCUGUUAAAAAGCCUUUGGAGCGGCCUUAUUCGGGCCCCUUCAAAGUGCUUGAAAGGACGUCAGACAAAGUCUACACUAUCGAAAUUAACGGCAGACCCACGGCCGUAUCGAUAGAACGUCUCAAGCCUGCUCACUUUAUACCGGACGACAUUCCGAUCGCUAACGAUCCAUCCACGUCCGACGCUACGGACAAGCCUUCCGCUUCGUCAAGCGCUCAGUCAGGUACCUUAAAAACUUAUGCAGGUCCUAAAAGGAAGGUACAAACUAGGCUAGACAAAAACACU